CAAAUUUAUUCAAUAUCACACAUAGAUCACUCUCCCUUCUUGAUCAGUCAGCUCGUAUUUAAAUAUUUGUGCCCUCAACUCGAAUUUAAGUUAAUCUCACAUUUAUUGCAAUUUACCUGGUCACUUGAUACAAAACAUAAUGAAAUUCCAAUCAUUGAAUACUCUGCUGGUCUUGCUGCUAUCCGCAAUCGUCGUUGAAAAUUGCAUGGCAGCGAAAAUCGUCGUGCUGUACCCCGUCGGUUCCAAAAGUCACUUUUAUGCCGUGAUGCCCGUCAUCGAGGAACUUGGACAACGAGGGCAUAACGUGACCGUCUUCUCGCCGUUUAAGGGCAUCACAAAAAACGCCACGAACGUCCAUGAAAUCAUUAUGACUUCGGUAGCGAAAGAACUGGACACCAUGGACAUCGACUGGUUCGCCAUGCAGAAAGAAGGGGCGACGCAAAUUCUUACGAUGAUGCAAACCAUGAUCGCCCUUAGCACUCUCGGGUGUGAGGAUUUGUUGUCGAAUACGGAAUUCCGGCGGAUUGUGGAAAAGCGCGACGUCGACCUGUUCAUCGUCGACGCAUUCGGAAACGAAUUCACUUAUCCCAUCAUCGACAAACUUGGCGUUCCGUUCGUGAUCCAUGGCUCCUCCUCCGCUUUUCCAUCCACCCUGAAUGCAAUGGGAGCAUCGGCAGACUACGCCUCCGUCCCUCUCAUGCUGGCAGAAUACGACGAACAGAUGACUUUCACCCAGAGACUAAUUAAUACCUUCUCCGGGGAGUUUAUGAAGUAUUUUAGAAAUUUUUACAUUUUCACGAAACUGGACGCAAUCGUUCAAAGAGAAUUUCCUGGUGUUAAAUCCAUCGUCGAGCUCGAAGGAGAUGCUAGUCUCUAUAUCACUAAUACUCACCCAGUCACGAAUUGGCCGCGUUCGUUACCCCCAACUAUCUUAUCAAUUGGAGCCCUUCACGCCAGACCGGCCAAACAACUGCCGCCAGCAUUGAAAACGUUUGCUGAUGAAGCAAAGGACGGUUUCGUCGUGUUCACGCUAGGCUCGUUCGUUUCGGUUUCGACCAUGCCCAAAGAAACGGUCAACACUUUCAUCAGAGUUUUCUCCAAACUCCCGCAGCGAGUCGUCUGGAAGUGGGAGGCGGAUAUUCCGCAAGGUGUUCCAUCCAAUAUUAUGAUGGUCGACUGGCUUCCGCAACAAGAUCUCCUGGGACAUCCUAAUGCGCGAUUAUUCAUCACUCACGGUGGAAUGUUGGGAACACAGGAAACAAUUUACCAUGGCGUUCCUUUGCUCGGUUUGCCGUUCGGAAACGACCAGCGGGCGAAUGUAGCGAAGGCCGUGAGAGGCGGAUGGGGUCUGAAACUCGACUGGGACAAAAUUGACGACAACAAUUUGUCUGAGGCUCUGACGUAUCUCAUUAAUGAUCCCAGCGUCCGAGAAAGUGCGAAAAAGUUGUCGCAGUUGAUGCAAGAAGAAAUCAUGCCCGGCAAGGAUGUUGCCGCUUACUGGAUCGAGUACGUAAUUCGUCACGGAGGUACCAAACACCUUCAGUUGGCCUCCAAAGGAAUGCCGUUCUACCAGCGCCAUCUUCUCGAUGUCGCACUUUUAUCUUUUGUAAUCGCGAUCGUUUUUCUCUCUGUCUCUUAUAAACUAACUUGCGCGCUAUGUCGCUGCUGUUUUAAAGCCAAAUCUGACAAAAUAAAAACCAACUAAUUGCUUAUUUUAAUCAUAAA